AACAACUAUGUGAUCUGGACAUUACCACGGUAGUUUCGAAAUAUGUCCAUUUUACAAACAUAAGUAAAUUUAGAAUAAUAAUUAUCCAUUUAUGAAGUGUAUGUAUAAAUGAAGAGGAACUAUAUACAUAAAUAUAUGUAUGUGGUACGAUACUACCGAAUAUUAUCAAUAGCUGAGAUUAAAAAAACUGGAAACAUACAUAAUUUAAUAUUCCCGCUGGGUUGAGCGUGGUGUAUAAGAGAGUGAAAAUGAGAAAAUAAAAGAGAAUACCCACGUAUCAUUAACAGUGUUUGUGCAUUGUCUAGCACUACGAAUACGUGACAAUUAUUGUUAUACUUUUACUCAGAUACAUUCUGUGUGGACUAUAGUGAAGUCAAUCAUUUUGUACCUCAUGUUCCGAGGAACUACAUUUAUACAUACAUAUGUAUAUCUGUUGAGGAAAUGCAAUAGCAAAUUUGUGACUAAAGAUUGUGAAAGUUAUCGUCAAAACAAUAAUUGUAUAGUGAACUGCUUGUUCCGAAAUAUAAAAUAGGAAGAACAAAGCUGUUAAGCCAAAUGUACUAUCUCGUGGCGUACAGUUAGCAAUAAUUACAGCCGAAAGGCUGUAUCAAUAAAAAAUAUAUAAGACGGGAACAUAAAUAAUUAAGCAUAUCAACAUCAAUAUCAACGCAAGUCUGCAGUAUACACCACCCAAAUAUGUCGGCCCACAUUUAGAAAAUCGAUAUUAAUUCUAGUCAAACUGAGUUUUGAAUGGUGAAAUUCUGGAGCUGUCAGUAUAUUUUUGGCUACUUAACAAUUCGCGGAUUUGAAACAUUUUAUUGUGCUACAGAAUUAAAACGCAAUUCAACAUUAAAAUUAUAUAAUUGCCCAUAGAAGGUUUCCUGUUACAGAGGUUAGUUUAAUUAUACAACCGCCUGAUUCUGAAAUGGUAAAAGGCCACACUGGGACACUAACAAUGCGACUUGUUCGGAAUAAAUUACGCAAACGCGACGAAACCUGUAGUGAAUACAAAAAAAGUGAAGUCAAGGAGCUUCAGGACAAUGGAGAUUAUCAGGGUCUAAACAGUUAUGAAAAUUCUGAAACCCAGCCGAAUAAAAUUUGUAACAAUUUUAUUGAAGACAACCAACAUGUAAAAUUUCUACGAACUAGUGGCAUUGCUGCUGAAGUUGUUGAGCACGGAAAUGUAGAAGACAAUCCAGAGUGGACGUUUCCUCCAAAAGCACCAUCGCCUCAUAUCUAUCAUAUAAACCCGGAGAUGUUGGUAGCUACCGAUAAAAUAGGCUUCAGAGGAUUUCGCAAACAAUUCAGUGGUCGGUUUAAGCGUUUAGUUGCCCGAAAGCUUGAACCUGCACCAGUGAUACCCCCAGAAUUAAAACCGCAACUAAAAACAAUAUAUGUAUAUUAACAAAUUUAUAAAUAUACAUGCACAUGUAUUUAAUAUAAGCUGGUGACAGCCGAAAAAUAAAUUGCUUUAAUUUUAAUUGAUUUCACUAAAUAUUUACAUUUGCUGCUAUUUUUGUCUAGUCUCCAACCGAAAUCCUAUAAACAAAAAAUAAGAAUUAUAUUAUUUACCAUACAUGACCUACUGUAAAUAUAUAAUGUUA